AUGAUAUUGUACGACUCCUCUACAUUACCGGGGAGUAGAAGCGGCAGCUCAUCCUCCUCCUCUUCCAAGCUGCCGCCGCCGUUGCAGCCGGAGCAGCAGCAAGAUAUUGAUGGUCAUCUUGCCGGAGCUGGAUAUAAAGUUAGGUCAUCCGAGCUACGCAAAGUAGCUCAGCGACUUCAAAGGCUCGAAACCGCAAUGGUUAAUUCCCCCGCAGAUUUAACUCAACUUGCUUCCGAUACAAUCCACUAUAACCCUUCCGAUAUCGCCUCCUGGGUUGAUUCGCUCCUAUCCGAGUUUGCUCUGCCUACUACCUGUGUCUACGAGUUCGUCACGGAUCCUGUAACAAAUCAGACGGUGGUAAACGAUACCUGGACCACCACCGAGUCUAAUAUGCCGCUGGUCCACCAGAAUGUUUCUUACGAGCAACAAAGUUUGAAUAAUCAGUUACCGAUUGUCACGCCCAUGGAAGAAGAUUCUGGCAUACUGCUGGUCCAUAUGUUGAUGACGUGUGCGGAGUGCGUCCAAUGUGGAGACUUCUCAUUGGCUACAUCGUUUCUCGAAGACAUGCAAGGGUUACUGACAUGUGUUAACACCGUUUGCGGUAUCGGUAAAGUUGCUGGACAUUUUAUCGAUGCUUUGAGCCGUCGUAUUUUCCAAGGUAUUGGCGGCGGUUCUAUCAACGGUGGCUCCGAUUAUGAGAACGAGAUUUUGUAUCACUAUUUCUACGAGGCGUGUCCGUACUUGAAAUUCGCUCACUUCACUGCUAAUCAGGCGAUUCUCGAAGCUUUCGACGGUCAUGAAUGCGUCCACGUGGUGGAUUUCAAUUUGAUGCACGGCUGGCAAAGGCCAGCCUUGAUACUGUUAGAAAAUAGACCGCAAAAUAACACCAUUAGCAUUGACAGGAAAGGUAAAUUAUAA